UCCGAAACAAACAGAAUGGCAGUGACACUCUCAACAACUCCUCAACCCUGUGUUCGACAAAUCUCAAUCAUGAAUAAGUUCCACUCUAUAUCCUCCAAAACCCUCCGAAGUUUCAACCCCCUUUUCACACCCACUACUCAAACCCUCUUCCUCAGCUCCCAAAAACCCAAAAUCCAUCUCCAAUCUCCUCCUCGCAACACAAUCCGAUGCCUUUUCACCGGCAUCGUCGAGGAAAUGGGCCAAAUCAAGCAACUUGGCACCUCCCAAAACGGCGGUUUCGACAUGAAAAUCGGCGCCAAAACCGUUCUGGAGGGCGUUCACCUCGGGGAUAGUAUUGCAGUCAAUGGAACGUGUCUGACGGUGACUGAAUUCGAUACCCAAUUGUCCGAUUUCACAGUCGGGCUGUCGCCGGAGACGCUUAGGAAGACGUCUCUGAUCGAGCUCGAAGCGGGGUCACUUGUGAAUUUGGAGCGGGCGGUGCAGCCCACGAGCAGAAUGGGCGGGCACUUUGUGCAGGGUCAUGUGGAUGGCACAGGGGAGAUAGUGUCAAUGGAGCCCGAGGGGGAUUCGCUGUGGAUAAAGGUAAAGGCAUCAAAGGAGGUGUUGAAGUAUGUGGUGCCGAAAGGGUUUAUAGCCGUCGAUGGUACUAGUUUGACAGUGGUGGAUGUGUUUGAUAAAGAAGAGUGCUUUAAUUUCAUGUUGGUUGCUUAUACACAGCAGAAAGUGGUGAUUCCGUUGAAGAAAAUCGGGUCAAAGGUGAAUUUGGAGGUUGAUAUACUCGGGAAGUAUGUCGAAAGACUUCUCAGUAGUGGGUUUGUCGAGUCAAUCAAAUCUUCAUGACUCAUAAGGUCAUUGCCUGUGCGGCUUGUACACACUUGUGACUGGGAUAGCAACUGAACCAAUUGGUGGCUGUAGGAAUGCUGUUCGGAAUGUUGGCCGCUUUUAGCUCCGCCUUUUGUUUUUUGGAAGCAUUUAUAGGUAGUGUUGCAUUUUGGAUAGCUGUUAUAUCUUGAUUUAAAAACUUUUGUUGUAUCAUUGUUAGAGAUGUAUUUUAUUGGCUGCUCUGUAUACUAAUU